GAUCUUUUAUUUCAGCUCAUGAAACCAACACUUUACAUGUUGAGUUUAUAUUUUUGUACAUUGUAAAUUCAGUAUCGCCUUUUUACCAUAAUGUGUUAAGGUGGGCAUUGAAGGAGAAAAGGCUUAUAUUGGAUCUGGGCUUGCUACUUUUUCAUGCGUCCGCCCACAAGAGGGUUCAAAAGGCUCGGUUUCCACCUCCGGUGUCGAGUAGCCGCCAUCUUUGUAUUCGUUUAAAUACAAAAAUAUUAUUUAUUUUCAUUAACUAAGAUGUCGCUGGUGGAUUUGGGGAAGCGACUACUUGAGGCUGCACGGAAAGGCCAGGACGAUGAAGUCAGGACACUCAUGGCCAACGGGGCUCCCUUCACCACAGACUGGCUGGGCACAUCCCCAUUGCAUCUGGCCGCCCAACACGGACACUAUUCCACCGCCGAGGUGCUGCUCAGGGCAGGGGUCAGCAGGGACGCCCGAACCAAAGUGGACAGGACUCCCCUGCACAUGGCUGCUUCAGAGGGCCACAUUGUCAUCGUGGAUCUAUUAGUCAGGAGUGGAGCAGACAUUAAUGCCAAAGACAUGCUGAAGAUGACUGCUCUCCACUGGGCCGCCCAGAACGGCCACCAAAGGGUAGCAGAGACGCUCGUCAAACAUGGUGCCGAUGUUCACGCUCUCAGUAAAUUCGAUAAGACGCCAUUUGACAUCGCAGGAGACAUCCAGAAUGCAGACCUAAUGCUCCUACUACAGGAGGGAAUGCAGAACCAGGUGAACAUGAACGCAGAGGCUGGCAUGACUGGGAGCUCGGCCCAGCCUCAGUUUAUCAUCCAGGGCAUCCCAGGGCUCCAGGGGGGCGUGGUGAACCUAGCGGACCUCCUCAACAACGCUGCCAAGGCCAACUCUGGUAGGCUCCAGGGGGGCGUGGUCAACCUGGCCGACCUCCUCAACAACAUCAACUCUGCAGGUGACUCAGAGGAAGCCAUAGCAGCCAAUUCUUUGGACCCCGGCAGCAUCCAGCACAUGGUGAACGAGCAAGGUCAAAGGGUUAUCACCAUAGUCACCGACCAACACGGCAACCUGCAGACUGGAGGGCUUGGUCAGCCGUUCUUUGUCACCAUGCAGCACGGACAACCGAUGUUGGCGAUGCCAGCCAAUCAGGUGACAGAGGUGGUUGAGGAGGAACCCCAGCCCCCGCCUUCCCGCAAGAGGAAGCUGGAGGCCUUGGCCAACCACAUGGAGUCUGGAGACACGGAGCAGUUACAGAGGCAGCUGCAGGAGGCCAACCGGAAAGCCCAGGAGUACCGGCAGCAGCUGAUGUGCAAAGAGCAGGAAGCAGAGCAGUACCGUAUGAAGCUGGAGGCCAUGUCGUACAGCCAUACCAACGGCACCUCCGAGCAGGAGGAAGUGGUUGGGGGCGAGGAGGAGGAGGAGGAGGUGCAGGAGGAGGUGCAGGAGGAGGGGGUGCAGGUGGAGACGUCGGGCGGCGAGGAGGUGGUGCUCCAGGAGGGAGCCAUCAUCAUCAAGACGGAAGAGCUGGUGACGCUGGUGGAGUCGGCGCCCUCCCACACCGAGGUCAUCUUAUAACAUCAGACAGACUGAUGUCACUGAUGGAAGGAGAAAUGGACACACGAACUCAGGCGACGGGUCAGCCUGUCAGCGUUUUCAUAGGUCUUUAAGUUUUUCCCCUUCUAAUUUUCCUGUUUUGUUUUUGUACAAUAUUUACUUACUCUUUCUGCCGUUUCAGUAGUUUUUUUCCCUCAAUCAUGUUUUUUUAAAACAAGUAGCGAAGCGAGGAGCUGAAUAUAAGGAGGUGCGUCACAGGAGGUUGGUUGAGGAGCGGCAAUGGGACCUGCUCAGCCUGUGACUCUAAGGUUGCCUGCCUGAAGAAUGUAAAUGCUACCUGGGAGAAACGGGGCACUCAGUCUCUGAUAUCUAUGGCGUCUGAGACACGUCAAUGGUGUGGGAAAUACAUUAUCAUGUUGCCAACAGCAUAUCAUAAGAUGCCCAAGACUCAAAUCCAAGGUUUAUAAGACAUGUCCAUCCAUGGUGCCAGAGGACAGGUCUGUGGAGAGAACGCUGUUUGUUUUGUUCAACUCCUUCAGGUCUCAAAAGUCACCCUCAAGUCUCACUCUUCCAUCCUACCACCCACCACCAUGGGCUCCACUGCAAUGGGAAUGGUAUUUAAGAAUGCCUAUUUGAAAAUAAUCAUCUUACAGGACAAAUGACAGGGCAUGUAGUUGGCAACAGUCAUUCCCAGCAUGUAUUGGGCUCAUCAUUCACAAUGUAAUAAUGAAUUGUUUCAAAGUUGUGAAUUGCAGUGUUUUGACUUUCAUGGCACCACGUUAGCUUUGUCCUCUGUGGUUGGUGGUUGUUGUGGUCGGUGCCACGUCCAUAGUGCAGCGGUGAUUUAUAGGUUUACUGUUGCAAAAGUCACAACUCUCCCCCCGCUGAUGUCGAUACAAAGAAUAACCUCCUACCAUUUCAAGGCCCCUUUGGCUUUAAUCACUAGUAGCCCCACUCCCCAAAGCCGGAGACAGACAGGAAUAAGGGUGUCAAAUUAGCUUGCUGUGGCCUUCUGACAAUGACUAUUUCUCAUGUCCCGACACUUGUUUCUACUACAGUUACUGUGCCGUGAUACCUUUAAGUUUGUGUUCUCCCAAACUGAAUGAAAAUGUGAUGGACAACUCCUGGGUUAACAGUCAUCUCUCAGGGUUGAAGAGUGUUAUAGGAAAGUCCUCUCUGCCUGCUAUUCAGUAAGGGCCCAAACUAAACUUGAGAUGCCAAAGCUGACUUUUAAAUUGUGCCUACAUUUUGCAUUGAUGUCAAUGGGGGAUUUCCACUGAAAUUAGAGUUAAGGUUGUGGAUCUCAAGUUCUGAUAUGUCCCGAAUGUAUCGGAUGCUCUUGCCCAGGUUUUAAAUUACUUUAGUGGGUCUAACAACAAUUUGAUGAGUUUAACCAUGUUGAGCGACAUAGAUAGAUGGAUAUAUAUAUCACACACACUCCAAUUUUAGCAUUAAAAUAAUGUUUAUGUACACUGAUCCAUGGUCAGUUUUUGAGAGGAGAGUACAUCUUGUACAAUGAAUUUUCCAGCAUGGCUAAUUGGGUGGACAAAAUACACCACACAGUUUUGAGUUUCAGAAUUGAAACCCCCUCAGACAACCUCUUUACUUACCAGCCCCAAUACCUCUACAACACCUUAAGUUAUUGUAGGAAGAGGCCUGCUGUUUUAAGUGUAUCUGAAUGCUUUGGGAUGUAGACUGCCUAUAUAUAAACUAUAAACACAUCGUCCCUUUUAGCUUAGCAUCUCUUUGCAAGAUUGUAUAGGUGAACACGUAUGCACCAAAUGAUGAAAUAAUCCCAUUUACCAUGAUUUGACGGGUUUAUAGAUCUAUCUACCCGUUGUUUCGCUACUGCUCUCACAGUUAAGGGCACUUGACCGAGCCAUGAAUGACUUUGUGUGGACUUUGCUUGCUUUGAUUAAAAAACUAUGAAAACUGUC